AGCAUCAUUUGAACAUACAAGAUGAAAUUCAAGUUAAAUAACUUGAACGAGAUCAGCUCCAAGAAGUUAGUAUUCAUUAUAACUCUCUUUCUAUUUUCUUUUAUAGCAAACCCUAAAGGCAUCAAUAAUCUCUUCUAAUUCCUUGCGUUGCAUUCCUGCCUUAUGAGUACUUGCUUUCCAUUGUAAUCAAAAGUGUGUUGAAAAAAUAUAAAGUUCAAACUGUAAAAGAAAAUGAUAUAUGACGUCAGAUCUUGCUGUAUCGAAUCAUCGCGUUUAUCGCUUUACGCGUAUUUAUGCUAAAAGUAACUUUUUUCACUGUAGUCAACGACUAUAAGAAUUAAAAAGCAAAUCAAGCCAAAAGACUAUGUCUUAUUUCGAAACAAAAUUAUGUAAUGAUUGGUCCUAUCCUGAAGCAUGCAAAUUUUAUGUCCAUUUGUACAAAGAUGACAAGGUUGCUUUUCAACAAAUGAAAAAGGACCUCUUCACUAUUACAGAAAACCCUAACUAUAAUUCUUUUACAAGGAAAAAAGCAAAUCUUUUUGCCACAAAGAUCCCAAUUUCUUCAAUUGAAACUGACAGCUACAGCAACAGCAAUUUACUCAGUAGCAAUAGCACACCAAGUAAUCAAACUUUUUACAUGGGAAACCAGAAUACAGUAAACAAUGUCAUUAACAAUAAUGGAAAAAGAGCUGCAGAUCAAGACGACCCUUUCAGUCAACCUGGUGAGGAGAACAGCAGAUUUUUCAAUAAACUUUUAAAAACGUACUGUGAAGAAGACGACCCUUCAAGCAAUGAAACAGAAGAAGAAGUAGAAGACGAUGCCUUGAAUAUUGAAGAUGACUUGAUUUUUCAAGAAGAGAUUGUAUAUGAGAAUGGAGAAAAUGAUGAAUUAUCAGCUAUUGCUGAUUUUGUUAAACUAUGGAAAGUCACUGCAGAACACCAACCUUUAAUCCACAAGCAGGUCUUAUUAUAUUACAAUAUCAUUGACUUGAGCUUAGAUGGUAUUCCUCCAUUGACCAGCAAAUGCCUGGAGUUUAUCAAAUCUCUCAAGACAACAACCUACAAGAUCCCCACUCAAGUACAUCCCCUCAAUCUUGAUUUCAGCAGUUGCCAUACCUUUUCGCGUUUCAAAUCAUUCUAUGAUAACGAAAAAUCCAAAUUACCUUACUCUGUAAAGAAAAUGAUCAAGACAUAUUUAAAUCAAAAAUAUGAAGAAAACGUAAAUUUGUUUGCAGACAUUGGUCAAAAAGAAAAUGACUACAAACUUCACUUUGUUGCACCAUUGUAUAAGGCUUUGUUUCGACAAAACCAAUUGAUAAAAAAAGAAUGGGGAGAAUCACUGGUUGGAAAGACCAAAGUGGAUGGGUUGCUGUCUAUUUUAGAUGAAGAGGGUGUGAUCACAACACUGUCAGUCAUAGAGGUGUCUGGCCCUUGGUCAGUGACCAACAAGACUCAUUUUCUGAAGGAUAAGAAAAAAAUAGCCAAAAACCUCAAGCUCAUCAUGAACCAAAUCUAUUAUAUGAAUACUACUGGCGGAAGUAGGAUCAAAAAGGUCAAGCUAUAUGGGUUGCAGCUCUAUAAGAAAAACUUUCAUGUGUACAGUUUGCAGUUGAUAUGCCCAAAGUUGUAUGUAUUCAAAGAAGAAAUGAAGUUUGAUUACCCCACCUCGCCAUCCUUCUUCCGCUCUCAACUGCCUAUUUUCAUGACAAAUAUGCUCACUCUGAAAUCACUCAUCGAAUCAAGCCUCGAGAAUGUGCUGUUGUUCUUGAAUGAUGAUGAAACUGAUUGCUCGGAAGAGUAUGAUCGAUUUAUUGACAGUACUGAAAACUCCCCACAAGAUAAAAAGAAGUGAUGGCUGUUGGUAAACUGUUAGUGUGAUUUUCUUCUUCUUCUUUUCCCUCUUAUUAGCUGUAAUUCAUUACAAAAAAUCCUUAAGCAUAAAAAAAAGAGAGAGAGAGAAUUGAGUAAGACAGGCAUACAUUUUCAACUGC